AUGGAAAAUUUUAGUACGACUGGUUUUAUUCUCAUGGGGUUUUCAGCUAACACUGAGCUAGAUAGUUUUUAUGCAUCUUUGUUCUUAGUCUUAUACUUGUUAGCCUUAAUUGGCAAUAUUGUCAUUAUCACCACCACUUCCAUGGAUGACAGUCUCAACUCCCCCAUGUACUUCUUCCUGAAGCAUCUCUCCUUCUUGGACCUCUGCUAUAUUUCUGUGACUGUACCAAGAUUCAUAUAUGACUCUUACAUGCACAGAGGAAAUAUUUCUCUCUGGGAAUGCAUUGUACAGUGCUUUGCUUUUGUAUCCUGUGCUUCUGCUGAGCUGUGCAUCCUCACUGUAAUGUCCUAUGACCGCUACGUGGCCAUCUGCCUUCCAUUACGUUAUGACAUCAUCAUGGAUGUCAGAACCUGUGUCCACGGAGUCGUGGGAGUCUGGGUUGGUGGGGCCAUCUCUGGAGUCAUGCACACUGCAGCGACUUUCUCCAUCCACUUCUGUGGCCCCCGGAUCAUCCACCAGUUCUUCUGUGAUGUCCCCCAGCUGGUGAAACUCUCUUGCAACAUGGAGUUUAUUGGUGAGGUGAGCGUUGCUCUCUUCCUGGCUCUGUUGGCAUCUCUUUGCAUUCUUUUCAUUGGAUUCUCCUAUAUGCACAUCUUUUCUUCUGUGCUUAGAAUCUCUUCCGCAGAGGGCAGAGCCAAGGCCUUUUCCACUUGUCUUCCCCAUCUCGUUGUUGUUCUGCUAUUUAUUUCCACGGGCACUUUUGAGUUUUUAAAGCCUCAUUCUGAAUCCCCCACUGUUUCUGAUAUAUUGCUCACGAUUCUUUAUACAGUGGUUCCCCCAAUAUUCAAUCCAGUUAUCUAUAGCCUGAGAAAUAAAGCCAUAAAGUUAGCUGUUAAAAAAGUUUUUAAAAAAAGAUAUGGAUGCCACUUCUGUUGA